AUGGCUGCCGAUGCGGUGCCUGGAGCUCCUCCCAGGAAGGUGGAGGCAGAUGCGCUCAACUCCACUGCCAUCAGGGUGACCUGGAAGCCUCCCCUGUCUGUGAAGCAGCAUGGCCAGAUCAGAGGCUACCAGCUGGUCUACUCCAGGUUAGAGAAUUGGGAGCCUCAUGGCCAGCCAGUCAUCAUGGACGUUUCCCUUCCUCAAGCCCAGGAGGCCAUUGUAACAGGUCUGCUCCCAGAGACAACCUACUCUGUGACGGUGGCUGCGUAUACCACCAAGGGUGAUGGAGCUCCCAGCAAGGCCAAGGUGGUCACCACCACAGGAGCAGUGCCUGGCAAACCCACAAUGAUGAUCAGCACCACCGUAGGGAACACUGCCCUGAUCCAGUGGCAGCCUCCUAAGGAGAUGGUCGGGGAGCAUGUGGGAUACCAGCUGCAGUACAAGAGAGCAGAGGAGGAAGCUUUCACUAUCAAAGACUUCAGAAAGGCAGAUGAUCAUUUCACAGUCACCGGCCUUCACAAGGGAGCCACCUACAUCUUCAAACUGUGCACCAAAAACCAAGCAGGCAAUGGGGAGGAAUAUGUAAAGGAAAUCAGCACCCCUGAGGACAUUCCAAGCAGCUAUCCCCAGAAUCUGACUGUGGUAGGCCUGACUGCCACCUCCAAUAAGCUGGCCUGGGACCCCCCUCCUCUGGCUGAGAGGAAUGGAAAGAUUGUCAAGUAUGUGGUGGUGUAUCGAGAUAUCAAUAGCCAGCACAACAACACCGACAGCACCACAGAAACACAGAUGACUGUCCAAGGCUUGCAGCCAGACACUACCUAUGACAUCAGAGUCCAAGCUUUUACGAGCAAGGGGGGAGGACCAAUCAGUCCCAGCAUUCAGAGUCGAACAAUGUCCACCUCCAUGCCAGACCUUCCCUCAGCAUUCACCAAGGACUUCAGUGUGAAGGCUGUGAUGAAAACCUCGGUCCUGCUGACCUGGGAAGUACCAGAAACUUACAAAUCUCAAGUGCCUCUCAAGAUCCUGUACAACCAGCACAGUGUGGAGGUUCCAGGCAACCUGAAGAGGAAGCUGAUCACACAGCUGCAGCCAGAUACAGAUUAUUCCUUCAUCCUAAUGAGCAGGGGGAACAGUGCCGGUGGCCUCCAGCAGCAGGUUUCCAUUCGUACAGCUCCAGACCUGCUGAAGAUGAAACCAGCUCGAUUCCAACACCAUGUAGAGGAGGUUGGGAAAGUGACCAUCAGUCUGCCCAGGAUCCCCGCUGCAGUUUCCGUCAGGUGGUACUACAUAGUGGUUGUCCCCCUAACCCUGGGUUCUCUAAGAAGAUGGGAGAACCCUGAGGACAUGGAUAUACAUGAGCUCCUGGAGGCUGGUGCUGACAGCAGUCUGCAGAGGAAGAAGAGACAGAACCAGGAUUUCCUGCAGCCCUACAUCGCUGCCAAGCUGGACACUCUGUCUGAGAUUUUCACACUAGGUGAUGAGAAGAAAUACAAUGGCUACUACAACAAAGCUCUCCUUGACCAGCAGCAGUAUCACUGCUUCGUUCUGGCUGAAUGGACGGGCCAUGAGUCUCAAAGGACUUUUGCGGCCAGCCCUUUUUCUGAACCCAUCAUGGUGAAGCUCCACAAUGGGAUGACCCAACAAACUGAGGACCCAGAGAUGCUGUGGGUGAUGGGUCCAGUGCUGGCAGUCAUUCUCAUCAUUAUCAUUGUUAUUGCUAUUCUACUCUUUAAGAGCAAACAAGAAAGGAAACAAACCUCUCCAGCCAAGGAUGAGCACAUGGCCGGGAUCAAGGACCCACUGUUGGCCCACUCCUCAGACCCUGUGGAGAUGAGGAGACUGAACUAUCAGACACAAGGCAUGGACACACACACAUGGCAGCAGUGCCAGUUGCAGCCAGCGAGAGGGUCCGGUCAGAUGAUGCCAGAGCCGCGGGGCCAUCCACCGGGGGCACCGGACCCCCAGCGACGACUCCACGUAGCUCCACAGGGGGCUGGAUCUGAGGCGGCGCUGACAGAGGCUGAUGCUGGAGAUGGAUCGACAGACUCUAAAGCCCAAGAGGAUGGGGGUGGAGGGGGGGUCCUGUUCCUCGAGGCUGGAGAACAUGUUAAAGGUGGACAGCCCAUGGGCUGUAGGUGGUGGAGGGCGAUGAAGAAGUUUUCCUCCAUGUUUGCCGCUGCCGGCAACAAUCCACUGACCGGGGGUGGAUUCAAGCACAGGUCAGACCUUCGGCCUGGUUCCCUGGUGAAUCCAGGGGUCAGCAGCCUGGACAACAUCAAUGGGAGCAGCAAAGUGGAUAUUCUGUCUUCCAACUCGGAGAUAAUCUGUGAUUUAUGGAGGCAGUCAUCGCAUCCAGGUGAAGAGUCUAUAGAUCCAGGACAGCAGUUCACCUGGGAGCACUCCAAUCUGGAGGUCAACAAGUCAAAGAACCGCUAUGCAAAUGUUAUUGCCUACGACCACUCCAGGGUCAUCCUCACACCUGUGGAUGGAGUUCCUGGGAGCGACUACAUCAAUGCCAACUACAUUGAUGGCUACAGGAAGCAGAAUGCUUACAUUGCUACACAGGGGCCCCUGCUGGAGACGCUGAGUGACUUCUGGAGGAUGGUGUGGGAGCAGAGGACCAGCACCAUCAUUAUGAUGACCCGCCUGGAGGAGAGGUCACGGGUGAAGUGUGACCAGUAUUGGCCCAGUCGAGGCACAGAGACAUAUGGGAUGAUUCAGGUGACCAUGCUGGACACUUUGGAAUUGGCUACAUACAGCAUACGCACAUUCGCUCUCUAUAAGAGUGGCUCAAGUGAGAAGAGAGAGGUUCGACAGUUCCAGUUUAUGGCCUGGCCUGACCAUGGAGUGCCUGAGUAUCCCACCCCAACACUCGCCUUUCUAUGCAGAGUCAAGGCCUGUAAUCCUCCAGAGGCUGGGCCCAUGGUGGUCCACUGCAGUGCUGGUGUGGGCCGAACAGGCUGCUUCAUUGUGAUCAAAGCAAUGCUGGAGAGGAUGAAACACGAAAAGUCUGUGGACAUUUACGGUUAUGUGACAUGCAUGCGAGCUCAGAGGAAUUACAUGGUGCAGACUGAGGAUCAGUACAUAUUCAUCCAUGAGGCCCUGCUGGAGGCUGCAACAUGUGGAAACACAGAAGUCCCUGCCCGAAACCUAUACACCCACAUCCAGAAGCUCUCCCAGAUCCCUCCUGGAGAGACUGUCACCACCAUGGAACUGGAGUUUAAGAAACUGGCCAACUCUAAACCACAUACCUCAAGAUUCAUUUGUGCCAACCUGCCAUGUAACAAAUUCAAGAACCGCCUGGUGAACAUCAUGCCUUUUGAGUCCACCCGCAUCUGCCUGCAGCCAAUCAGAGGAGUGGAGGGCUCUGACUACAUCAAUGCCAGCUUUAUUGAUGGAUACAGGCAGCAGAAAGCGUACAUGGCCACCCAGGGCCCCUUAGCCGAGACCACAGAGGACUUCUGGAGAAUGCUGUGGGAACACAACUCCACCAUUGUAGUCAUGCUCACCAACCUGCACGAGAUGGGACAGGAAAAAUGCCAUCAGUACUGGCCUGCUGAGCGCUCUGCACGCUACCAGUAUUUUGUUGUGGACCCCAUGGCUGAGUACAACAUGCCUCAGUACAUCCUGAGAGAGUUCAAAGUCACAGAUGCCAGGGAUGGUCAGUCAAGGACCAUCAGGCAGUUUCAGUUCACUGACUGGCCAGAGCAAGGAGUGCCAAAAACCUUGGAAGGAUUCAUAGACUUCAUCGGCCAAGUCCAUAAAACUAAAGAGCAAUUUGGACAAGAUGGACCAAUUACUGUCCACUGCAGUGCUGGUGUUGGGAGGACUGGGGUGUUCAUCACCCUGAGCAUCAUCUUGGAGAGGAUGAGGUACGAGGGAGUGGUCGACCUGUUCCAGACUGUCAAAACGCUCCGAACUCAGAGGUCAGCCAUGGUGCAGACAGAGGAACAGUACCAACUGUGCUAUCGGGCUGCUUUGGAGUACCUGGGAAGCUUUGAUCACUAUGCAACAUAACCCCACCCUGAGAGACACCCUCAAAGGAGUUUUGUCUCCUCUGAGCCAUGUCCACUCAGCUCCAUCAGUCUCUGAGGCCUGAUGAGAAGGCUACAGUACAAGGAGAACUGACAAGGAGGUGACCACACCAGGAAACGGGAGAUUAGAGGAAAGGGGAGAGGGACAGGAGGAGCUCUUUCUGCACUGGUGCCAUGAUUCUGCCACAGACCCGAGACCAAAAACCAACCCUGAGAGACUUGUCGUCAUUCCUCAUUCCAAUUCUUGACUGGAUACUCCCGUCCCUCCCCAUUUUCUGCCUCCUCCUCCAGCAAAAAUAAAUGUUCUGCCAUUUUCAUUUAUAUUCAUCAGAACUGUAUUGUUCUGAAUAUUUAGAUUUUUUUGUAAUCAUUUACACUGGUUAUUGUAUGUCUUAAUAAUGUCUUAUUAAUAUGUUUCAUUUUUAAUUCAAUUUUUCCAAUCUUUUUAUUAAUUUCAUUAGCACAAGGACAUGUUUUCAUUAUGACUGGAGAGCGUACACUCACAGCUGCUAAUAAUUUUAUUUUGAACCAUAGAUAUGAUAUUCUAAUGCUAUCAUUACUCAUUUGAUCUUGUUUGUGGAUUUUUAUUUUCCUGUCCUGACGUGCAAAAGAACAGUGAUGAUGACAUCUACCCA